AUGGCGGUGUUCCUCGCACUAAAACACUUCCUCCCCAACCUGAGAGACCAUCAUGUGCUGGUCCGUACGGACAACACUACGGUGGUCUCGUAUAUCAACCAUCAGGGGGGUUUGCGGUCUCGCCCAUUAUCAAAGUUGGCCAGUCGCAUCCUCCUCUGGUCCCAGGGAAAGCUCCUCUCGCUGAGAGCAGCUUACAUCCCCGGGCGGUUGAAUCACCCAGCACCUCUAGGGCUGGAUGCCAUGCUACAGACGUGGCCGAGGCUACGUCUGUAUGCAUUCCCCCCAGUCUCAAUGCUCCCGGGAGUUCUGGAAAAGGUUCGCCAGGAGAAGGUCGACCUAAUAUUGGUGGCCCCUUACUGGCCGACCAGAAUAUGGUUUUCGGACAUAAUGUCUCUUCUGCACGGCUCUCCCUUAGAGCUUCCCCUCAGGCAGGAUCUCCUGUCUCAACCAACCGAGGUUGUGGAGACCAUCCUUCAUUCCAGAGCUCCCUCCACGAGGAAGUUGUACUUAUACAAAUGGAAAUUGUUCUCUGCGUGGUGUGAACAGCAUAAUUUGGACCCGGUCCAUUCUUCAGUCUCAGACGUGCUUCGGUUCCUUCAGGAAAAGUUCUCGGAAGGUUUAACCCCUUCCACGCUGAAAGUAUAUGUGGCCGCUAUUUCGGUUCACCAUAUUCCUGUAGGGGGCUCCUCGCUGGGUCGAGACCCCCUAGUAGUACGCUUCCUCCGUGGUGCACUCAGGUUGAGGCCUGUGGUGCGCACAAAGACCCCGACCUGGGACCUCACUAUUGUGCUCCAAGGGCUGGCUGAGGCUCCCUUCGAGCCAAUAGAGGAGGUGUCAGACAAGUUCUUGACACUCAAAACUAUCUUUCUCUUGGCCGUCUCUUCUUUGAAGAGAAUUGGUGAUUUACAAGCGCUGUCAGUCGCUCCAUCUUGUCUUGAGUUUGCGCCUGGUAUGGUGAAAGCCUUUCUGCAUACCAGGCCGGGCUAUGUUCCAAAGGUUCCGACGAGGGUCCCAGGCCCCAUUGUACUUGAGGCUUUCUGCCCGCCUCCUUUCGCAAACUUGGAUCAGGAAAGGAAGAAUCUGCUUUGCCCUGUAAGAGCAUUAGAUACGUAUGUCCACAGAGCUGCCCUGUGGAGAAAAACAGAACAAUUGUUUGUGUGUUACGGGUCCCCUAAGAGGGGGGGCCCAGCAUCUAAACAGCGGAUGAGCAAGUGGGUGGUCGAGGCCAUCUCACUUGCGUAUGAGACGGUGGGGCGCCCGUGUCCUUUGAUGGUGCGGGCUCACUCCACGAGAGGUAUGGCCGCGUCCAGAGCUCUUCUAUCUGGUGUCUCUAUGGACGACAUUUGUGGUGCGGCUGGAUGGUCAUCCCAGCACACCUUUAUCAGAUUUUACAAUCUUCACCUUAAUAUCACUCCGGGGGCCAGGGUGCUACAAAAUAGCAGCCAGGCACUUGGAGAGACGGCGUAG